AAUUAAUCGGUAAAAAACAUGUUCUUGGCGGUGAAGUUCGUCUCGAAUGUGACGUAUCGGACAAGCGACAAGUCAUGUCAACCAAGAUUCCCGAUGUCAAAGAACGACGUCUGUUGUCCGCCUCGGUGGACUAUCCGUUGCAUCGUUUGGCUGGAAAAUACAUGCUUGAUGAUAUGUGCGAUCAGCAACGAAUGCUCUUAGUCUCAUCGUCAGCCGGGACCUCAGAUCCGGAACAGGAUCAGGUGGUGGCGGAUUUGCGCAGUCGUAUGGAACAGUUGUCGUGCGCAAUCAACGUACUCUCU